UCUAUAGUGAAAUGUAAAGUGUAAUUGUAAAUAAAUAUUAAACAAUCACAACAUAGAUCUAGAUUUGAGUUGCAAACAACUGUUUUGAAAAACCUCACUUCUGGUCAACUUUAAAAGGCUUACAUCAUAGGCCUACAUCCAUUGGAUUGUUUAACCAUAAGUCGGACUGACAAUGAAUUACUCAAGAGAAAGGCAGCGCUGUUUGGUUGAGUUAAAUCUUCCACCACAUGCAUCUGAUGAUGAUAUACGUAAAGCAUACCUACAAGAGGCUCGCAAGUAUCAUCCAGACAAGAAUCAAGACUCUGAUGCUACUGACAGAUUCCAAAAAAUAAAUGCAGCAUAUCGCUUUUUAACAGAAGGUGAUCAGUUUGUACAUCAUAUGAUGGAUGACCAUAUGCAGACAGAUGAGGAUGAUCUAUUUUGGGCAUUUAGGUACAUGUUUCCCUGGCUUUUUACACCCACGCCCACGCAGCAUUAUUAUCCCAAUUUCCGUCAGCAAACUUAUUUUGAUUACGAUGAGAGUUCAGAAGAAGAAUACUAUGAGGAGAAAGUAUUUACUUCAAAGAACCCCCAACCGAAAAAUGAGUCGGCCUGGAGCCAGCAGUUUUAUCCACCAAGAAAUGAGUCUGGUGUGAGCCAACACUAUCGACAACAUGCAAAUUUUACCACGGCCAACCAAGAGCAUGGAGAGUAUUUCAGGGGCAACAAGAAGUCAGCCAAGAAGCAAAAUAGGGGAGCAAAGCGAGCUGAAAAGAUUGCUAGAGAUUCAGAGAGACCGAAAUCAAGAAAUUCAGAAGAAAAGUUUACCAAUGAUUUUAAACAAGCUGAUAAAACACCAGCAGCCAAGCCUACAACACCAGAGUCAGCAAACAACCAAUCUCCAGCUCAAACAAAAGAAAGUGAAAGUAGCAAUAACAUUAAAGUUGAAGAACAAACACCAAAAAAAUCUAAGAAACAAAUACAAUUGGAGCAGAAGCAAAGAGAAAAAGAACUGAACGAAAUCCGUGAGUUGUUAGAAGAACAAGAGAGGGUAAGGAAAGAAAAGAUGGAAAAAAAGAGAGCUGCGCAGGAAGAGAAGGAGAGAAAAGAGAGAGAGGCAAGAGAAGAGGAAGAGAGAAAAAGACAAGAGAUUGAAGAGAAGAAAGAAGCAGAAAAAAGGAAACUGCGUGAAAUUGAGGAAAAGCGCCGGAGACUUCAACAAGAGGAAGCAGCAAGAAAAAGAAAGGAGGAAGAAAGAAUGAAAGCCUUAAUGGCGGAGUUUGACAAAAAUACUUUUCUUGAUGAAUCUGGUGACUUCAAGUACACUGACCCUGAUCUGACCAACAUCAUUAAGAGGAAGGAUAAAAAUCCACUCGGAGAUGCAAAUAAAGAAAAGCCAGUUGAAAAAUUGAAUGAAAUCAAUGGAAUAAAAGCUGAAGAUUUGAUUAAACUUCAGAAAGAUAAUUUAAAAGAGAAUGCUUAUAAACCCAUAAUACCCCAGGAAAAACAAACACAAAAUCAAGCUAAUCUGAACCACACUAAAAAUCAGUUUCAACGGAGUGAAUUUCUUUCAAACCAACCUAAAAAUCAAUUUCAAGGGAAUGAAUUUCCUUCAAACCAUCCUAGAAAUCCCUUUCAAGGGAAUGAAUUUCCUUCAAACCAUCCUAGAAAUCAAUUUCAAGGGAGUGAAUUUCCUUCAAACCACUUAAGAAACCAAUUUAACCCCCACAUUCCCCUAACAAACCCACGAAUGAGCGGACCAUUCAACCCUAGAUAUCCACAGCAGCCUGUAAACCAGCCACGGGCACCAUACACCCCGCGCUUUCAAGGCCAGUACCCACCUGUCCUUCCAGAUUUUUCUCACCCCCCACCACCAAUCCACACCCCCCUCAGGUUUUUGCGACCCAGUCUGCCCUCUCGUCCAAUCAGAACUCAAGUUUUCCAGUCUAAGAUCUACACAGCGCCUACAUUUGCGCCACGCAUUCCUGUUUCACCUAUAAACCAACUUAAUUAACAGUAACACUUCAUUUUUGUUGGUUGAAAUCUCUAUAUUUUAUCUAGACAAUAUGCAAUAAAUUAUUUUGGUCAUGUUUGGAAAAAUUAUAUUUAUUCAUUUUGUUUAGAUUAAAAAAAAGUUUUUUUUUUAUAAACAUUAAUGCUGCAUUAAUGAAUUUUUUAAAGUUGUAUUUAAUUAUAGCAGCUAAACUCUACAUUAAUCUCAUCUAUUUGCAUAGUAAAAUAGGUUUUCAUAGCCCAUUAAUUGUGAUUAUGUAAAUUUAUAGUUGAAUUUAUAUGUGAUAAGCACAGCCCAGUGUUGAGCAAUCAUUGUGUUGAUUCUUACAUUCAAUUUGUACUGUGGACCAAAUGUAUUAGGUUUUUUUUUGGGGUCGCCUUAACUGACGUUAAACUUUUAAAAUUUAAAACCAUUUGAACCUCCUCCCCCCCCACCCCCAAUGUUGCUGU